CGUCUCUCUUGCUUGCCAGCUUCAUUCGGGAGCUGAUAUGAACGGAUACGCUGAUUAUCCCCCCUGCCCUGCCAGCCCCACCAAGGAGCCCAUGGAGCCCAAGCCCAGCCGAGCCCAGCUGCAGGAGGAUGUCGACAUGAGCAGUGGCUCUAGCGGAAAUGAAACCAAUGAAAACGGCUCCACGGGGCGGGACUCACAGGGCAGCGACUGUGAGGACACCGGCAAGGAGCUGGGGAUGCUGGUGGAGCCGCCUGACGCUCACCAGGGUCCAGAUGCCUUUAGCCUGAUGAUGGUGAAGUCUGAACACAACCCAUCUACAAGUGGCUGCAGCAGCGAGCAGUCCGCCAAGGCAGACACGCACAAAGAGCUGAUAAAAACGCUGAAGGAGCUGAAAGUCCACCUGCCCGCGGACAGGAAGGCCAAGGGGAAGGCCGGCACGCUGGCCACCCUGAAGUAUGCCCUGCGGAGCGUGAAGCAAGUGAAAGCCAACGAGGAGUAUUACCAGCUGCUGAUGUGCAGCGAGAACCACCCCUGCAGCGCCGAUGUGCCUUCCUGCACCAUGGAAGAAAUUGAGAGCGCCACCUCCGAGUUCAUCGUGAAGAACGUGGAUAUGUUUGCUGCAGCUGUGUCCCUGGUCACUGGGAAAAUCUUGUACAUCUCUAACCAAGUUGCUUCCAUCUUUCACUGUAAGAGAGACACCUUUUAUGAUGCCAAAUUCGUGGAGUUCUUGGCGCCCCAUGACGUCAGUGUGUUCCACAGCUCCACCACGCCUUACAAGCUUCCACCGUGGAGCAUCUGCAGGGGAGCAGAUUCUUUUACUCAAGAAUGCAUGGAGGAGAAGUCUUUCUUCUGCCGUGUCAGUGUCAGGAAAAACCACGAGAACGAGAUUCACUACCACCCGUUUCGCAUGACACCUUACCUCGUCAAGAUGCGGGAGCCGCACGCCACUGAGAGCCAGCUGUGCUGCGUGCUGCUGGCAGAGAGGGUGCACUCGGGCUAUGAAGCCCCUAGAAUUCCUCCUGAAAAGAGAAUUUUUACGACCACACACACACCAAAUUGUUUGUUCCAGGACGUGGAUGAAAGGGCGGUCCCCCUCCUGGGCUACCUACCUCAGGACCUGAUCGAGACCCCCGUGCUCGUGCAGCUUCACCCCAGUGACAGGCCCUUGAUGCUCGCCAUCCAUAAAAAGAUCGUGCAGUCUGGCGGGCAGCCUUUUGACUCUUCUCCCAUCCGGUUCCGCGCCCGGAACGGAGAGUACAUCACGCUGGACACCAGCUGGUCCAGCUUCAUCAACCCGUGGAGCAGGAAGAUCUCCUUCAUCAUCGGGAGACACAGAGUCAGGGUGGGCCCUCUGAAUGAGGAUGUGUUCUCAGCUCAGCCAUGCGCGGAGAAGAAGGCCCCACACCCCAGCAUUCAGGAGCUCACAGAGCAGAUCCACCGGCUGCUGCUGCAGCCUGUCCCCCACAGCGGCUCCAGUGGCUAUGGGAGCCUGGGCAGCAACGGGUCUCACGAGCACCUCAUGAGCCAGACCUCCUCCAGUGACAGCAAUGGCCGUGAGGACUCCUGCGCGAGGAGAGCCGAAAUUUGUAAAAAUGGUAACAAGGUGAAGAACAAAAGUCAUCAUCCUGAUGGAUCUGGAGAACAAAAGAAAAAAUCUGCUACAGAAAUGCAAAGUAGUUCCCCUGCUCAGCUGACAGUUGUCCCGGCCGCGGAAGAGGACAGCUCAGGGGCAAGCCCCCCGAAGGCCGGGUCUCCCGAGGAGCUGGCCUGCAGGAACCUGCCGGCCGGCUCCUAUCAGCAGAUCAGCUGCCUGGACAACGUCUUCAGGUACCUGGAGAGCUGCAGCGAGGCCUCCACCCUGAAGAGGAAGUGCGAGUUCCCGGCAAACGUCCGCACACAGAAGAGCAGCGAUAAGCGGAAGGCCGCCGUCAGCCCCGGGCUGCAUUGCACAGAGACAGCAUCGCCCUCCAAGGUGAACAGCCACGCGGAUGUCAGUGCACACCUGACCUCCCUGACGCUGCCCGGCAAGGCGGAGAGCGUGGUGUCCCUCACCAGCCAGUGCAGCUACAGCAGCACCAUCGUCCACGUGGGCGACAAGAAGCCACAGCCGGAGCUAGAGACCAUGGAAGACCCUGCAAGUGGGCCUGAGUCCCUGGAUUGCCCGGCGGGCCCUGCCCUGCCCUGCAGCCUUGGCCCGGAGAAGGAGCCCUUCCGGAAGCUGGGCCUCACCAAGGAGGUGCUGGCCGCCCACACCCAGAAGGAGGAGCAGAGCUUCCUGCUGAAGUUCAAAGAAAUCAGGAAACUUGACGUUUUCCAGUCUCACUGCCAUUAUUACUUACAAGGAAGAUCCAAGGGGCAGUCGAAUGAAAGAAUUGCUCCUGGACUAAGAAAUACCUCUGGAAUAGAUUCAUCUUGGAAAAAAACUGGGAAGAACAGAAAAUUGAAGUCCAAACGGGUCAAGCCUCGGGACUCUUCCGAGAGCACUGGGUCUGGGGGGCCCAUGCCCCACCGGCCGCCGCUGGUGGGCCUGAACGCCACCGCCUGGUCACCGUCGGACACGUCCCAGUCCAGCUGUCCGGCCAUGCCCUUCUCCGCCCCCUUGCCAGCUUACUCCCUGCCCGUGUUUCCAGCCCCAGGAGUCGUGCCGGCACAAGGGAACGUGGCAGCAGCGCCUGGGGCUCCCCACGCCGGCUUCGCGGUACCCGCAGUGCCCAUGGACACCCAGCACGAGUUUGCCGUCCAGCCCCCGCCAUUCGCCGCCCCCUUGACCCCAGUCAUGGCACUGGUGGUCCCCAGCUAUUCUUUCCCCCCGGUGACCUCAAACCUGCCCCCGGCCUUCUUCCCUGGCCAGCCUAGCUUCCCGUCCGAGAUGAUCCCUGCCUCGCAGCCCCAGUUCCCCGGUCGGACCUCGCCCCCCAAACAGCCAUGUGCUUGUCCUCGGGCAGAGUGUGAGCCACCAGCGUCGAGAGCGGCCACCCCACUGCCGGCCGCCGGACCCCCGGGCAGGGCCUCCCCACCACUCUUCCAGUCCCGCAGCAGCUCACCCCUGCAGCUCAACCUGCUGCAGCUAGAGGACGGCCCCGAGGGCAGCACCGCAGCCCCAGGGACAGCGGGGACCACAGGGAUGGCGGGUGCGGGGCCCGACUGCAAACCUGGCGCAUCCUGGGACCGGCAACCAAAGGCCCUGCCAACCUGCAGUGAGCCCACAGACACCCAGAACAGCGAUGCCCUCUCCACGUCCAGCCACCUGCUUGACCUCUUACUGCACGAGGACCUCUGCUCGGGCACAGGGUCAGCCCUGUCUGCAAGCGGGGCCUCUGCCACCUCUGAUUCCCUGGGCUCCGGCUUGCUGGGCUGUGAAGCAUCCAGAAGUGGGACAGGCAGUAGUGACACAAGUCACACCAGCAAAUAUUUUGGAAGCAUUGACUCCUCGGAGAAUAAUCACAAAGCGAAAGUGAAGGCAGACGUGGACGAAAGCACACACUUCAUCAAGUACGUCCUGCAGGACCCCGUCUGGCUGCUGAUGGCCGACACGGACGACAGCGUCAUGAUGACGUACCAGAUGCCCUCCCGAAAUUUAGAAACGGUUUUAAAGGAGGACAGAGAGAAGCUGAAGGUGAUGCAGAGGUUCCAGCCCCGGUUCACGCAGGGCCAGAAGCAGGAGCUGCAGGAGGUCCACCCGUGGAUGCGGGCGGGCGGCCUGCCCGCGGCUGUCGACGUGGCGGAAUGUGUUUACUGUGAAAACGAGGGAAAAGGUACCAUUUGUGUACCAUAUGAAGAAGAUAUCCCUACCCUGGGACACAGUGAAGUGACAGACACCAAAAAGGAGGAAAAUGGACCCCACUGA